GAAAAAUAUAUAUAAAUACAAACAGCCAGGUAGGGAAAGAGAGAGGAUAGAUAGAUCUCUCUCUCUCGAGGCUUUUAAUUGCAGAGAUCUUUUUGCUUUUCUCAAAACCAAAGCAAACAAAACUUCUCUUUCUCAUAUCAUAUCUUCCUUCUAUCCAGGAUAGAAAAAGUGUAGUACCUUUUCUUUUGGUGAGUGAAAAAUGGGUACUGGAUGGAGAAGAGCCUUUUGUACACGCGACCCUGAAUCUACUAUUUCUGAUAGUAACAAGAAGAACCGAAGCCCGAGCCCAAGCCCGAGAAGCUGUGCUCGGUUGAGUUUUCUUUCUGGUGGUGGUAGUAAUAGUUCCACUCCACGGUUGAAUCAAUCUCAACCUGCUUCAAGUCCAAGCCUGCGUUGUCGUACAAUAACUGAAGCAGCUUCUCAAAUGAAUGAUAGCCCCAGAUUUCAAAGCAAAAGUAGCAGUAACACUCCAAGGAUAACGAAAUCUCCUAGAGUAAAUUCAGCGUCGAAUCCAAGUUCUCCUCGCUCUCCUUUGAAGUUGUCUCUCUUCAAAAACAGCUUCAAAUUCAGGAGUAGCUGCGGAAUCUGUUUGAAUAGUGUGAAAACUGGACAAGGAAUGGCGAUUUACACGGCGGAAUGUGCACAUGCUUUUCAUUUCCCGUGCAUCGCAGCACAUGUACGCAAUCAUGCUACUCUUGUUUGCCCUGUCUGCAACGCCACAUGGAAGGACGUUCCGCUACUAGCGGCGCACAAGAAUCUCGCUGCUCAACAAUCUCACACAAACCACUCCAAUGGAAAUGAUAAUUCAAAACAAAUGGAAAAUCCACCUCCAGUUUUCAGAACCAAGAACUUGAAUCAGUCUCAACAUCAUCAACAACAUCAGCAACAAUCAGAAUCAACGAGAUCUUACGACGAUGAUGAGCCUCUUCUUUCUUCUUCCGCCGGUGGUGGAAGGAUUAUCACUAUUCCUGAAGUUGAUGAAAACGUGGAAGAUGAUGAGGAUGACAACGACAACGGCGAGUUUCAAGGUUUUUUCGUUAACACAAAAUCUACAUCAUCUAACAAAUCCCACUCCGACGAUAUACAAUCUGGUGACGGAGAUUCAAGAACUGUCCAGGUGAAGUUAAUGCCAGAGUGUGCAGUCGUAUCAGUUUCCAGAACACACGAAACAUACGCUUUGGUUUUGAAAGUGAAAGCACCGCCGCCCCUCCGCGGCGGAACCAGCACUCUGGAUCCUUCACGGCGAGCACCGAUAGAUCUCGUAACAGUACUAGAUAUUGGAGGAAGCAUGACUAGUGCAAAGCUUCAAAUGCUAAAGCGCGCGAUGCGUUUGGUAAUUUCCUCAUUAGGCCCAGCUGAUAGGCUUUCUAUUGUCGCAUUUUCUUCUAUUUCCAAACGGCUCUUACCGUUGAGAAGAAUGACGGCUCAAGGUCAGCGUAUGGCUCGGCGCAUCAUUGACCGCCUUGUCACCGGUGAAGGAAACGGCUUAGGAGAGGCUUUGAGGAAAGCAACAAGAGUAUUGGAAGAUCGUAGAGAAAGAAACCCUGUUUGUAGCGUCAUGCUUUUAUCUGACGGUCAAGAUGAAAAGGUUCAUAACAGUAACAAACAAAAUCAACGCAAGACAUUCAGCCACGCGUCCUCGACCCGGUUUGCUCACAUUGAAAUACCGGUUCACGCGUUUGGGUUUGGAAGUAAAACCGGUUACAGUCAUGAACCUGGGGAAGACGCGUUUGCUAAAUGCGUUGGUGGGCUUUUGAGUGUUGUAGUUCAGGACUUGAGGAUUCAAUUGGGCUUUCAAUCUGAUUCGGCCCGGGCCGAAAUUAGUGCUAUAUAUUCCUGCAGUGGUAGGCCCACGCUGCUAAGCUUAGGAGCCGUACGGCUCGGCGAUUUAUACGCUGAGGAAGAAAGAGAGCUAUUAGUUGAAAUGAGAGUUCCCUUGUCAACUUUGGGUACAGGGACCAACCAUGUGAUGACGGUACGGUGUCUUUAUAAGGACCCAGCAAGUCAAGAGAUAGUAUACGGUAGAGAACAGGGACUUACAGUGCAACUACAUAAUCAGAAUCAGUUUCAGACCGUACGAUCAUCACAAACCAGGAUCGAGAGGCUGAGAAACCUGUUCAUAACUACCAGAGCCAUAGCUGAGUCAAGGAGACUUCUAGAUCAUAACAGUGACUUCACCAGCGCCCAACAUUUACUUUCUUCAGCUCGUGCGCUUUUGAUUCAAUCUGGCUCGGCUUCGGCUGAACAGUAUGUUCGCGGCUUGGAAGCUGAGCUGGCAGAGCUUCAUUGGAGGAGACAACAAGAACAAGUUCAAGUUGAGGCUCAACAGCAACAAAUGGUGCAAAGAAGAAGAGGAGUUGAGAGAGAGAUGAAUAGUAAUAUGGUGGAUGAAAAUGGUGAGCCGCUUACACCUACAUCAGCUUGGAGAGCGGCUGAGAUGCUGGCUAAGAUGGCUAUGGUCAAGAAGUCCUUGAAUAAAGUCAGCGACUUACACGGCUUCGAAAAUGCUAGGUUUUAAUUUUUUUUAAUUAAUACUCCCUCCGUCUCAUAAUAAGUGUCUUAUUUGAGUUUUGCGCGGUUUUUAAGAAAAUGAUUGGAUGUGUUGGUUUUAAUGAUAAAGUUAAUAUUAUUUACUAAAGUACCCUUAUUUCUUAUAGGUAUUAGAGAAGUUGAAAAACGUGAAAGUUAAUAAAUAGGGGUAUAGUAGUGGAAAAAAUUAUAAAUGUUGCAUUGGUUUUCUAAAGAGACAUUUAUUUUGAGACAUGAAAAAAGUGCAAAUGAGACACUUAUUAUGAGACGGAGGGAGUAAUUAUCUUUUCUUAUUUUUUUAUAAUUUUGAACAUUAUGUAAAUUUGAGGGAAGAAAACAAUUGGGGAUGGGAAUAGAGACAAAGUGGUAGCAACCGGUGCGGCCCUUUGUGCAUGGGAAGAUGGGAGUGUAUGGCCCACUUUAAAUUGGGAGAAUUUGAUUGGUUGGUUGAUCAUAUCUUUUUGUCUUCUCUCUGUUCUAUAUACUGUUAUCAAUUUUAAUCAUUCCCUUUUCAAA